AACUUUUUAUUGACGGUUGGUUGCUUCGAUUUGAGCUUAGUCUCAUUCUCGCUGCAAAAUAUUACCGUCGAGAACCCCCAAAAAAUCGCUAACUGUUCCUUCUUUAUAUUAUUUAUUCAUGUUUUUUUAUAGGUUUAGUGAUCUCAACGAAUUUAUUUUUUUAAUUUGAAAUCCAGAGAUUUCAAUUUGAUUUUUUAGUUGUUAUUCUAAUACAAAUGAACAAUGUUUGGAAAAAAGAAAAAACAACAAAAACAAAUUCCUUUGGAUGUAAAUAAUUCGGUUCCAUAUUCUCAAAUCAGGCCGCCUGUUCAUUCGCCUGGACAAACUCCUAAUACGUAUAAUUCAGGUUAUCAUGAUAAUUCGGGACAUCAGACUCAUUCAAGAAGCCAAUCGCAAGAACAUAGUCCACAAUCUCAAUCGUCCUAUAGUUUUCAAGAUAGCGCUUCAUCAAUUACAAGAUAUAGUUCUGAAAAUUCCUCCGUAAGGUCUUCAGGUGCUUUCUCUAGUGAUAUACAUAAUUGGGUAGGCAGUGUUUUUGGUGUAAACAAGGAACCUGCUAAGCCUUCUGAUGCAGAAAUUGAAAAUUUGUUUUUGGAUUUAAUGAAUAAAAGAGAUUUGAAGGUAUCUCAGAGAAAAGAUAUGUUAGCUUUUCCGACAGAAAAAAAAUGGAUUCUAGUAAAAAAUGAAAUGAUACAAGAAGAGAAAUCAUCAAAAUCAGGCUCGACAAAUGUAAUAGCAUCUUCACAUGAUAAAAAUUCACCCGAAUAUUUUCUCAAAAAAAUUUUGGAUGGUACAAUAACUAUCAAAGAUAUGAAUUCUCUUAGUGUUUCCCUAAGAACUUUAACGUUAAAGUGGGUGAGGUCAUUCAUUGAUGCUAAAGGUCUGGAGGUUCUUGCAAAUCGUCUAAACAUUAUUACACGGAAACCUGUCAAGAAAGAAUUGGAUUUGCAAAUGGAGUACGAAGUUAUCAAAUGUUUAAAGUCAUUAUUAAACAACAGAUGGGGUGCACAAGAAGCUCUGUCACAUCCAACAUGCAUAUAUAGCAUUACAUUCUCACUUGUUUCUCCUCAAUUAAAUACACGGAAACUUGUGGCCGAAGUUCUUUCUUUUUUCUGUUAUUGUGAAAUUCCUACUGGUCACAAUUUGGUAUUGGGAGGUUUUGACCAGCUUAUGCAAUUUCAAAAUGAGCAUGGUAGAUUUGAUGCAUGGAUGAGAGUGUUGGAAAAUACAAUUGAUGGUCGUGGUCGUUUAGGUAGUUUUGUUAAUGCAAGUGAUGAAUACAAAAAAGGCGGUAUAGGAAUGGAUGGUUCAUUAAUGGAAUAUGCGCUUGCCAACAUGAUCUUGGUGAAUUCGAUUAUUGGUGUAUGUGAUGACGUAGAAAUUAGAGUGCACUUAAGGAAUCAGCUGCACGCAUGCGGUUUGUCGCGUAUUAUCGAAAAAAUGAAAACUUUAAAUUAUGAUUUAAUUAAUCGUCAAAUCAGUAAAUUUGAACGAGAGAGUGAAUUAGAUUAUGAAGAGGUUUUGGAUUACUAUAAUCACCAAAUUUUAAAGGAUAUGACUGAUCCUUAUGACGUUUUUAAAUGUAUUCUUAGUUCAGUUGAAGGAACGCGAGCAUAUGAUUUCUUUUUGUCAUCGUUGCAACAUAUGUUGUUAAUUCGUGACGACGGCGAGACAAGAACACGUUAUUUUCAACUUAUUGAUGCUUUAAUUACUCAAGUUGUUCUUGAUCGGCGAGGACUUGACCAAGAUUGGAGUAAUUCAGUUAGCAUAACCGUUUCUCAAGUUCUAAGUAAAAUGGCUGAUCAGGAGAAAGUUGCAACUGCUCUUGAAGAGGCGAAGGAAGCUAAAGCAGUAGCUGAAAAAGCAUUACGUGAAAAACAGGAGUUGCAAAAUGAGCUUUCCUUAGGAGCAGAUGGAAAGGUUGGUGAAUUGAAAAACAAAAUUGAUUCACUUGAAGAUCUCUUGCGGAUUUCACGUCAUACCAUACAAACUCUACAAACUAAACUUGCUGAUCUUGAAGCAAGUUAUCUUGAAAAAUUGUCUGAGCAAAAUGUACAAAUACGAGAAUUUGAAUCCCAGUUGAAAGAGCAACAGCGUGACUCUGAUUAUUCCUUAGAUCGGCAGGAAAUGAUUAAAAAGUUGGAAAGGAUGCAGGAAAUAGCUAAGACAGAAGCUAUUUUAGAAGGUCAAGUUUGGACACCAUUUGAUGGAUUCAGGAUGCCUAAUGUCGACCUAUAUCGAUAUAACGCUCCUACCAAUGUUACAAAUGAUGCUACUACAAAUACUGGAUAUGCUUCAGAGUCAACUGGUUCUCAAUUUUAUCCAUAUCAAGAAGGAUAUGGUCAAGGUUCUCCUGGUGGUUUUGUAAUUCCACAACAGCCAACACCAAACGCCCCAACACCAAACGCCGGUCCUAAUUAUAAUUCAAUUUAUGGUAAUCCCCCCCAAGAUCCAAAUAAUAAUUAUGCAAACGCUUCUUCAGAUGGGGUAUUAAAAAUGCCAGAGAUGCCACCCUUUUUGGAUGAGCUUAAAGGGUUACAAAAUAAAAGCAACGAAGCGGCUCAAGAACAUAAUGGUGAAGUUUUGACGGAAGACCAUGAAGAAAGACCUACGGGGAAGCCACAAUCUCCACCAAUACAGUCACCAGAUGCUUCAGAAUUACCACAAGAAACAUUAUUAUCACCGACAAGUCCAAAACAUUCUUCACAAUCAUCUGAAUUACCACCACCGCCAUCAAGUUCUGAUGGACCACCCUCACCACCUCCCCCACCUCCUCCACCCCCUCCGCCACCAAGCUCUGAUGGACCACCACCACCUCCUCCACCACCUCCUCCACCUUCCUCAAAUAUUGGUGGACCACCACCACCACCGCCACCACCACCUCCACCACCACCACCGCCAGGAGCCAUGGGAGGUCCACCACCACCACCGCCACCACCCCCACCACCGGGAGUUAUGGGAGGUCCACCACCACCACCACCACCGCCAGGAGCCAUGGGAGGCCCUCCACCACCACCGCCGCCACCAGGAUUUAAAGGAGGUCCACCACCACCACCUGGUCCCCCUCUACCAGGAGGACGUUUUGCUCCUAUAGCAAAUAAUGGCCGUAAAAUGCUUCCUUUCGUUGCCAAAAAGAAGAUGAAAGUGUUACAAUGGGAUAAGAUAAAUCAAUUAACAAUAAACAAGACGUUAUGGGCAAAUUUAAGUGAUGAUGAAAUUCUUGAAUUGCUCGGCGGGGAAGAUGGAGUUUUUAGAACUAUUGAAGAAUUAUUUGCAGCUAAAGAAGUAGCUUUAAGGAAAAAGAAAGCUGAAAAAAAAGAUGAAAUAAGCGUUCUUGAUUCUAAACGGGCUCAUAAUAUUAAUUUGAUCCUUGGUCGUUAUAAAAAUUAUACAUUUGAAGAAAUUCAUCAAAAAAUCAUUGAAAUGGAUGAAUUGUUCUGCACAGAGAACCUUCUUAAUCAAUUAAUGCAACAUAUACCAACUGCAGAAGAGCGUGGUAAAUUGUCAGUUUAUAAAGACGGACCAGAUGAGGUGCUUGAAAAUCUAGCUCGACCAGAUAAAUUUUUUGUUGAAAUCAUGAAGAUUCAUCGAUAUCAACAACGUUUGAAAUUCAUGUAUUUCUAUAUUACUUUUAAUGAGAGGUUUAAUGGUCUUGAUAACUCCGUUGUCUCGAUAUUGAAUGCUUCAAUAGCACUCAAAGAGUCUAAACAUUUCAAAGAACUUCUAAGCCUUAUUUUAUUAUUUGGUAAUUAUAUGAAUGGAAGUGGUCAUAAGGGUGGCGCUUUUGGGUUCAAAAUUUCUAGUAUUAAUAAGCUUGUUGACACUAAGGCAUCUAAUAGUAGUUCAGUUACAUUACUUCAUUUCCUUUCAAAUACUGUUGAAGAAAAGUUACCACAUAUAGUAGAGUUUGCUGAUGAUUUAAAAGACACAGGAUCCGCAUGCAGAGUUUCACAACAAGAAAUGACUAGUGAAUAUAGGACGAUGGGAACACAGUUGAAUGACCUCGAUUUUGAACUUCAAAAGCACUAUAUAGAUGUUGAAUUAGAAAAAAAUGAUAGAUUUCCAAUUGUAAUGAAAGACUUUGUUAUUAAGUCAAAACAGAAAUUUGAAGAACUUCAAGUUAAAUAUACUUCUAUGGAAGUAGCUUACAAAGAUGUAGUAGCAUACUUCGGUGAAGAUCCAAAUAAUACUAAACCUGAUGAAUUCUUCGGAAUAUUUAAAACUUUCAUUGCAUCAUUUGAGAAAGCAAGAUAUGAUAACAAGCAACAGCGUGAACAUGAAUUACUAGCUCAAAAACGAAGAGAGGAAUUGGAGAACCGCAGAAAAAAUGCUCAUGUCAAUCCAGUCAGAGUCACUCCAACUUCACAAGAUUCACAAGAUUCUAUAGAAGAAAAGCAUCUUAUGGACAAUCUAUUGGAAACUUUAAGAGAUGGAAGAGAUUUGGAUACUCGAUCUCGAAGAAAACGUGGUGAAAGGGAAAAACGUAUAGGAAGAAGUAUGUCAAUUGCAUUGAAAGCUGAAAGUAUAUUAAACAGUCUUAAAGAAGAUGAACCACCAAUGCCGGAAAUACCGAAAGAGAUUGUAACCAAAUAAACAUUUACUUAUAAUUUAUACGUUUAUCAAUUUUUUUUCUUUUGUACAAAAAUAUUAUGUAUGUUAUUAAUUGGCCAUGGACUAUAAUAUAGUUUAUUUAAAAUAUUUAUUUAUUUUAUUAUUUCGAAUAUAAUUCAAAAAAAGGUUACAUUUUUAUAUAUAUUUUUUAAUAAAAUUUUUAAUUAUAUAUCUUAUAUAUCAUCGUAUCUCAAUA